CCGUAAACAGUCAACAUGGCGGCGGCGGCGGCAGCGGCGCCCGGGGCCUUGGGCACCUUGCAGGCCGGCCGCGCUCGCUUGGUGGCCGCUUGCUGUGCGCGGCUUGGCCCUGGGUGGAGGCUGUCCGGCUCCUGGACGGUCCCGCGGGUCGACCCGGCGACCUGGGCUCGGGGCUGGACACCCGCGGCCGGGGGGGCGGCCUGGCGGAGGGUCUACAGCUCUGAGGUGAAGAAGGAGGACGAGCUGCGGGUGCGGUAUCUGGAGGAGGAGAACCGAGGAAUUGUGGUGCUUGGAAUAAACAGAGCUUAUGCCAAAAAUUCAUUGAGUACAAAUCUUAUAAAAAUGCUUUCAAAAGCUGUGGAUGCUUUAAAAUCUGAUAAGAAAGUACGGACCAUAAUAGUCAGAAGUGAAGUCCCAGGGAUAUUCUGUGCUGGUGCUGACCUUAAGGAAAGAGUCAAAAUGAGUUCCAGUGAAGUUGGUCCUUUUGUCUCCAAAAUAAGAGCAGUGAUUAAUGAAAUCGCUAAUCUUCCAGUGCCAACCAUUGCAGCAAUAGAUGGACUCGCUUUAGGUGGUGGGCUUGAACUGGCUUUAGCAUGUGAUAUAAGAGUAGCAGCUUCUUCUGCAAAAAUGGGCCUGGUUGAAACAAAGUUGGCAAUUAUUCCUGGUGGAGGGGGCACGCAGCGACUGCCACGUGCCAUUGGGAUGUCCCUGGCCAAAGAGCUCAUCUUCUCUGCACGUGUGCUCGAUGGCCAAGAAGCCAAAGCAGUGGGCUUGAUCAGCCAUGUUCUGGAACAGAACCAGGAGGGGGACGCUGCCUAUAGAAAGGCCUUGGACCUAGCAAGAGAGUUUUUACCUCAGGGACCUGUUGCAAUGAGAGUGGCAAAAUUAGCAAUUAAUCAAGGGAUGGAGGUUGAUUUAGUAACAGGAUUAGCCAUAGAAGAAGCUUGUUACGCUCAGACUAUUCCAACGAAAGACAGACUUGAAGGUCUUCUUGCUUUUAAAGAGAAAAGGACCCCUCGUUAUAAAGGAGAGUAGAAGAAAGAGAAAUCUUUAAAAUGCCAGUGUAAUAAAUAUACUUCUGGAAGUAUCUUUCAGAUUCACGUAUGCCUCAGCAUCUGGAAUCCCAGCGACCAAAGUGAAGAGCGAGUUAUCCAUAUACUGAAUUAAGUAUCUGGAGUGGACCCCUAUGUGUACUUGUUCAAAUGUGCAUCAUCAUUUUCAUUCAGAUUUAUAAAGCUAAUAGUGUAUACUGUCAAAAACGCCAAUUCAAAAUUAGGUAUACAUUUUUAAAUACCUCCUGCAUAUGAGGCUUUCUGUUCUUAAUUUUUUUAAUGUGAAUAAUUUAUAUAUUGCACAUGCUAGGAAAAAAUAUUGAUUGUAUGUCUCCUGUGCUACAGUAUGAAAAUAAAAUUAUUUCCAUGUACCAAAAAUGUGAAGUUAUACCAAAUAAAGUUUCCAAGGGAUUGUACACAUGCACCCACACAUGUACAUCUCAUACUGAAAAAGGAGCUGAUAGAAUCCUGAGUGAAAAUUAUCAAAUAUAAGUAAAAUUAGUGAAAAGAAAACAUGGAAAUUUUGCU